AUGAUUUCGCGGCCCACUGGAUGGCGUCUGUUGUUCUUGGUGUGUGGUGUGUAUUCGGCUUCGUUCAAGGUCGAAGUUCAGAGAGUUUUGAGUAAGAUUUUUGAUGAGAAAUUGCGAUAGUUGGGCUCUUUUUACGCUUCGCUGAGAAGGUGUACCUAUCCCGUGGAAAAUUGCAGGAUCUACGGUUUGGUAAGAGGUAUCAAAAAACUGCCGAUGCCAUUCGGAAGAGCAUCUCGAGUAUCCUAUUAUCGCCUAAAAUCAGUAAUACAUAAAGUAGUUGCUAAAUCAACUCUUUUCAUGGCAUAAUUUCUGCUUAGCAUUUCCUACUUUCAUUUCUAAAAAUAAUAGAGACCUUCCCCAAAACGUAUUUCACCCGUAAAAAUCGUAAUUUUUCCACUUACAGAAAACACGUCCAGUGUAAUUUACGAUGUGUACGGCCAACGUCUCGACAGCCUAGAUGACAUGGACUAUCGGGGCCUCGUGACUCUUGGCGACCCUCCACAAGAGUUCAACGUCGUCUUCGACACUGGAUCCGAUAUUUUUUGGGUGCCGGAAAGGGGCUGUAAAUCCUCGGGUCCGCUGGCAAUGUAUUGCCCGGACACCGAUGUGUAUACUGCUGGAGUCACGGCGGAGAACACUGGAUAUCCUUUUGAAAUCAGGUAUGGAACAGGAUCAGCUAUUGGGACCUAUUACAAGGAUGUUUUUGCGGUGAGUUUUUUGGGAUUUUGGGAAAAAUUUGAUUUUUUUUGAAAAUCAAAAAGGCUUUUUGCCUAGAAAAUUUUUAAAUUCUAUUAUGUACUGCCUCCUAAAGCACAGAAAAUUAGAUUUUUAAAUUAUACCUGAAAAUUUGAACAAUAAAAAAAUUUGAAUAUUCAAAAAAAUUAAUUAAAUUUUUUCAUUUAGUCUUGCUAAAAACUUGUCAAAAUGUCAAAACUUAAUGACCAUUUUCAUUUUUUUACACCCUAAAAUACCCAAUUUAAAAUCAAAAAAUCCCGUUUCCAGUUCGGCGGCAAGGACGGAAAACAAUUGAAAUUCAAGAACAAGGUGACUUUCGGCGCUGGAAAACAGAUGACAUUCGGUGACGAAGGUAUCCUCGGACUCUCCUUCCCCGACCCCGGCGAAAAGGGAACCAACAUUUUCGACGAGGCCGUCAAAGAGGGCCUCAUGGACAAGCCAAUCUUCACGGUCUACUUGAAGAAAUGCGGUGGUAUUUGUGAGGAUGGAGGUGUUAUCACCUUCGGUGACUAUGACAAAGAGCAUUGUUGCAAUGUCAAGGGAUAUGUCGAUAUUAUCCCCAAUGAAGUUCAUUGGAAAUUCAAGUUGGAUGGAGCGAGAAGUAAGUGGAUCUUUGGGGUGAAAGAAGUAAUCAGAAAAUUGCUAAAGCUGCCUAUUAUUUUUUGGUGA